AUGCUAUAUGAACUGGUAGCUAUUGCACUUGCAACUACUUUAGGGAAAUUAAUCAUACAGAAUAGAGGUGUUGUUAGAAAGAUUCAAUCAAUGGGUAAUGAAACUCUACCAAAGAUUAUGAGAAAGGAUCAGGAACAUCAUUUCCAAGGUCAUAGAUUCCUAAUGUUAUUUGAUUCUAGUGGGCCAGUACAGUCAGAACUUCUUCGAACAUUGAAGGCAGAUCCUCGUAUAAUCAGAUCAUAUAUCGAGAAGGUUAGUGAUAAGAGAAAACUUGAUGCUGGUACUUCAUUGGAUAGGGCAAGUCGCCGUGCAUGA